AUGUCCCUACCACCAGCCCUGGAGGAGCAAUGCGCUGCCAAAAAGGCAGAGCAGCUAUCCAAAAUCCCAAAGGACUGGCUCAUUGAUUCCCCUGCUCACGACACCUUGAGUGUGAUUGAUUUCCCCUCCACUUGUACAGAUAUACUCAACGACAAAGAGAUCGAAAUUACCGAGUUGGACGAUAUCGAUGAGCUUUUAGGGCGACUGGCCAAAGGCGUUUGGGGCGCAGAAGAAGUAACCAGAGCUUACUGCAAGAGGGCAAUCAUAGCUCACCAGCUUACCAACUGUUUGACCGAGUUUUGGAUCGAGGAUGCGAUAUCACAAGCACGACGGCUCGACGAGAUCCGUCUCGAGAUUGGUCCCGUGGGGCCUUUGCACGGUCUUCCCGUCUCUCUCAAGGAUCAGUUCGAUGUAGCUGGUACUGAGAACAACAUGGGCUUGGCUAGUUGGCUGGGGCGAAAGUGUAAAGACGACGCAGCAUUAGUCACCAUACUUCGCAAGUCGGGUGCAGUAAUCUUCGCGAGAACGAAUGUGCCAAUGGCCAUCAUGAUGCCAGAAACAGUAAACCAGCAAGUUCAUCCCUCAAAAAUCCCCAAUGACAAUGUCUAUGGAAGAACUGUCAAUCCACGAAAUCGAAACUUGACAUCUGGGGGCAGCAGUGGUGGUGAAGCUGCUCUGCUGGCACUGAAAGGCAGUCCGCUGGGAGUAGGAACAGACCUUGGUGGCUCCAUUCGCAACCCGGCAUGCUUAAACGCUCUGUAUGGUCUAAAGCCCAGCACUAGGCGGAUGCCUUACUGGGGAGCUUGCAAUACGCUCGUUGGACAAGAGUCCAUCGAAAGCUCGGUUGGGCCAUUGAGUCGAACCUUGUCUGGUUGCGCCACCUUUUUCAAGACCAUCUUGCAAGGUCAGCCUUGGAAUCUAGACCCCAAGGUUCUCGAAAUGCCGUGGAGAGAGACCAUGUUCAACUUGGAGCACCUGGGGGGAAACAAGGCGAAAAUGUGCUUUGCGUUCAUGGAAGACGAUGGGUUGGUGAGGUGCCAGCCACCUGUACGGAGAGCCAUGAGAGAGGCCGUCGAGGCCGUGAGACAAGCCGGACACACGGUGAUACCAUGGAAUCCGGUUGAUCACCAACAUGCCAUCUCCAUCCUACAACGCACGUUUGCAUCGGACAGUGGUGAAGAAUUCAAAAUACUCUUUGGAGAAUCAGGCGAGCCACUCUUACCUGGAAUCGACGAUGUCUCGGCUUUUCCUCCAAUCACCGUCAAUGCAUUCUGGAGGCUGUGUACUGAGCGAGAAGCAUACCGAAAACAAUACCUAGACGCAUGGCUUGCUUCGGCUUCCCUAACCUCUACGGGAAGGCCCAUCGACGCAAUCAUCUGCCCCGUCGCCCCCUUUCCGCCUCCGACUCACGGAAACUACAUAUAUGCUGGGUACACUUGUGUUUGGAAUGUCUUGGACCUCCCCAGCGUGGCUAUUCCGGUCACGGUUGUUGAUCAAGUUCUUGACCAACCAGAGGCAGAUUACAAACCACGAAACGAGAUGGACGCAAAGGUCUACGAAAUGUACAAGAGCCCGGAAUUAUUUCGCAACGGGCCGGUCGGAAUACAGGUGAUAAGCCGAAGAUGGCACGAGGAGGAAUGUCUAGGCCUAGCAAGAAUUGUUGACGAGGCUUUAAAGCAGAGGAAGACUUGA